AUGAUCCAGUACAAUGCCUCCUUCUUUUCGCUUACCUUGUGCGCACCAAUUGCCACAUAUAUCAACGCGGAUCUGGGACCAAAGCCUUAUUACGUGUGGAUACAGAUUGUUUGGCCUCUUGCAUUUGCUGCUACUAUUACCAUCGAUGGACGUCUCGGCGAUCUCUUUGGCCGUCGCUGGUUGAUGAUCGGCGGAAAUAUUCUCUGCGUGGUUGCCUCUAUUAUUGGUGGGACAGCGCAAUCGAUCGGCGUAGUUAUCCUUGCCACUGGUCUCAAUGGUACGGCCGCAGCUAUCCAGCAAACGUCCAGUGCUGCUGUCGGUGAGAUUGUCCCUAGGAAAUACCGACCGCAAGCUGCAUCUGCCGUUGCAGGCAGUGGAAUAAUUGGAGGUGCCUUUGGUACCCCUAUUGCUAUCCAUGUUGCUACUAAGCUUUCCUGGCGAUGGGGUUUUUGGAUCACCCUCUUAACUGCUGGCAUUAGUGUAGUCGGAUUGAUUUGCCUCUACUUUCCUCCAACCUUUGAGGAGGUCCACAGUAAGGACCGUCGUACAAAAUGGCAAGAGUUUAAAGAUUUCGAUUUUAUUGGUGUAACUCUAUUUAUAGGCGGCAUUACCGUCUUGCUUCUAGGCAUCUCUUGGGGAGGUGUCACCUAUCCUUGGAAGAGUGCUGGAGUUAUUGUCCCUCUAAUUAUCGGUGCAUUGGCUCUUGUCGCAUUUGGAUUUUGGGAGGUUUUUGGAAACCUCAACGAAUCUCUCGUGCCGUACAAACUUUUUCAGAAUGUUCGCGGCUUUACCAUGGUACUAGUAGCAGAGUUCGUUGGAGGCAUGUUACUCUACGCGAUGAUUUCCAUUUAUCCUGUUCAAAUCGCGACUGUAUACGAGUCUAACCCUGCUGUUGCUGCGUGGGAGGAUUGUACUCUUCUAAUGGGGACUUUUGUUGGUGUUCUCCUGAUGGGGAGUAUUCUAGGGAGAAUCGGCCACGCUAGACUGAUCUUUGUGGGUUCUGUCGGUCUGAACACCAUAUUUAUAGGAUGUAUGGCAGCGAUGACACCUUCAACGCUUGGAGCAGCGCUUGCACUUACCACACUUACCGGACUCACCAUCGGCUUUCUUCAACUUGUGGGCAUUGUAAUGAUCAUGCUUAACUGCCCUGACGAAGACAUUGGAGUUGCAGUUGGUCUGAAUGGUUCCGCACGUUCUAUCGGUGGUUCGAUUGCAACCGCCAUGUACAGCACAAUCCUUACCAACAAGGUCCAGGAAGUCCUACCUGGAAAAAUUGCAGCUGCGGUACUUCCACUUGGACUUCCGAAAAGCAGCCUCGGGCCUUUGAUUGUGGCUCUUCUAAGCGGAUCUACAGCAGCAAUCGAGCGAGUGCCUGGCGUCACGUUACCUGUCAUAGGUGCGGCAGCUCAAGCAGUAAAGGAGUCUUAUGCUCAGGGAUUUAGACUUGUUUACCUUGUUGCCAUCCCAUUCGGCGUCGUUGCUACAGUCUGUGCUGCAUGCGCCAGAGACAUCGACCACCUGUUGACCAACGACGUAGCAGCAAAAUUGCAUUCGCCGGAACUGCAGCCACGCCAUCGGAAUACCGUCAACAACUCUAAUGCUGAUGUGGAAGCACCAAGUCAGGUCGUCGAGAAAGCUUAG